AUGACUACCGUUAUACCUUGUGGUCCAUGUUUGUACGAUGAUACCCAUCAGAAUGCUAGAAAAUGGUGCACCAGUUGUGAGGAGGGUUUAUGUGAAGAAUGUGAGAAAAAUCACAGGAAAACCAAAACAACAAGGGACCAUAAACUUAUCUCGAUUGACGAUUACAGAAAGAUAGCAGAUGUUCCAGUCUCUUUAACCUGCAGCGUCCAUGACAAGAAACUAGAGUGGUUCUGUAAAUCCCACGAUCAAUCACUUUGUGUUUUUUGUUUGCCAAGUAAACACGGAUCAUGUUCGGAUGUUAUACCAAUAGAUGUUGCUGCUACAAAUGCAACACAAUCCACCGCUAUAUCCGAAUUGCAGGAGGCAAUCGAGGCAACAUUGCGUAACAUUACACUAUGCAUCAACAAUAGAAAUACUACCAAAAAUGAUAUUAAAAAGCAAGAAAAAGAUAUAAGGACGACUAUACGAGAUACACGGACAAAAAUAAAUAGUCACUUAGACGAGCUGGAAGAAACGUUUAUCCAAACAUUGGUUAUCGCAUCAGAAUCGUGCAGUUCGAAAUGUAAUAAGUUUCUACAACAGUUAAUUACACAAGAGGAAAAGCUUAUCAAACUUAAAGAUCAAGUAUUGCAGAUGAAAGAGUAUGCUUCCGACUUACAAGUAUUUCUUGGAACGCGUCAAACUGACAAAUUGGUUAUGAGAGAAAAGGAAUCCAUUAAGACUGCAUCUGAUUGUAUUUAUGAUUACAAAUUCAAUCUGGUUCUGAACAGUGAUAUUCAGAAAUUAUCAAAUGGAGUAAUCAAAGAGUUUGGAGAAAUUCAAGUCACUGAACACACCUCAAAUUUAUACAUUAGAGAACAAAAAAUAGAGCAGGCACAAAUGCAACAAAAUGUAAAAUCCGCAAGAAAUGUCGCUGACGUAAAACUCCAAUUAAUAACUAAAGUUGAUAUCAAAAAAGAAGGAAAUAUGUAUAUAACAGGUUGUGCUAUAUUGCCUGGUGGAAAUCUAUUGUUUUCGAAUUACAGAAACAAAAAACUAUUGGAGUACAGUGUAGAAGGUACCUACAUCGGCAGUAUUCAAGUUUCUGCUGCUCCGUAUGAUAUCACAGUGCUAGAUUCUGAUCGCAUUGCAAUCUCAUACGGAGAAUACAAAUUCUUCGAAAUAUUUAAUUAUCGAAAAAGUCUGGUUGACAAGAAAAUACAGACCGGAGAGCAUUGCUGGGGAUUGAGUCAGUCAAAUGGUAACAUUUAUGUCGUAUGUGAGAACGUAGAGGUUUUUGAUAUUAAUGGGAAAAAACUACGUUCUUUAAAUGCAGAAGCUUAUGAAUACAUCUCCGCGUCCAAAAACAACUUCUUCUGUUCGGACGAUUUACAUAGCACUGUAUGUUGUUAUGAUAUGAAUGGAAAAGAAGUAUGGAAGUUUCGAGAUGAUUCUCUGGAGUAUCCUUACGGCGUAGCAAAUGAUUGUUGUGGCAACGUUUUCGUUGCUUGUCGUACAUCAAAAAACCUGAUAAUUAUACAACACGAUGGGAAAACAUAUAAAAACUUGCUUGAUAACGAAGAUAAUUCUUUUCUGCGAGCUGUAUGCUAUAAUGAAGACAAAAACACUCUACUUUACUGCGAUGAACAAGGUGAUCAUUGUGCAUUGUAUAAAGUAUUGUAUAAGUAG